CGGCGCCAUUGGCCGAGCGGCCCGUCACUCGCGGGACUUUCCCCGCGGGGCAGCCCCGCCACUUCCGGGACCCGCCGAGGCCGGGCCGGGCCGUGAUCCUGGAGCGGAGCGGGCCGGGCGGUGCCGAGCCGGAGCCUGGACCGCAGCCCUCGGAGGCCAAGCCCAUGGAGGGGAGAGGGCCUCACCACAUCUACGACCCUGGGGGCAGCGCAGAGGCCUCGGCUGCCCUCGAGCGCCUGGUGGAGGAGAACGCCCGCCUGAAGGGGCAGCUGCAGGGCGUGAAGACGCUCGGGCAGCUGCUGGGCGAGUCGCAGAUGGAGGCCUCGCGGCUGCGGCAGAAGGCAGAGGCCCUGGUGGGGGACAGCCCCCCACUGUCGUCGGUGGCUGAAGUGGCAGGAAAGGACGCCGGGGUCCCCACCUGUCCCCCCGACCCCACGCAGCCCAGAGAGAUGCCCGAGCUGGCCCCCAGACCCCCGUCCAGCGGCUCCUCCUCCGAGUUUGAGCUGGUGGGCCCCGAGGAGCAGAGCACCCCCGGGAGAGCCGUGUCCCCCCAGGAGCCCGGAGGCCCGGCCAGCGAGAACCUCCAGCUGCACUUGCAGCGUCUGGAGAGUGCCCUGAGUGUGUGCGCCCGGGAGCCCGACCACGGCCAGCUCUUCACGCACCUGGGCCGCAUGGCGCUCGAGUUCAACCGGCUGGCCGCCAAGGUGCACAGCAACGAGACAAGGACCUCCGCGCUGCAGACCCUGUGUGAGCAGUUACGGCAGGAGAACCAGGUGCUGAAGGCCAAGCUGGACCAGGGCCUGGAGCAGCGGGACCGGGCGGCCGAGCAGCUGCGGGAGGAGAACGCGGAGCUGAGGCGGCGGCUGGGCGCAGACUCGGGCGGCCAGGCGGCGGGCGGGCAGCAGGUAGGUGGCCAUCCGGAGUGUCACCGCACAGCGGCUGUGGGGGGCGCGGCCGGCCGGUGGGGGGUCGGCGCCCACAGACCCCUGUGCCCGCAGGCGAAGCUCGCUGAGCUGGGUGCGGCCGAAAAGAAGGUGAAGAUGCUGGAGCAGCAGCGCCUAGAGCUGCUGGACGUGAACAAGCAGUGGGACCAGCACUUCCGCUCCAUGAAGCAGCAGUGUGAGCAGAAGAUCACCGAGCUGCGCCAGAAGCUGGCGGCCGCGCAGGCCCAGGUGGCCGCGCUAGAGGCCGAGCGUGAGCAGAAGCAGCGCGACUUCGACCGCAAGCUGCUGCUGGCCAAGUCCAAGAUCCAGACGGAGGAGACCGACAAGGAGCAGCGGGCGGCCGAGGCCCAGGAGCUGCGGCGCGAGGUCCAGGCCCUGCAGGACCAGCUGGGCCCGCUGAACCUCCAGCGUGACCACCAGGAGCGCGAGAUCCAGCGGCUCAACAAGGCCCUGGAGGACGCGCUCAGCCUGACCCCCGCCGAGGUGGGCAGCCACCUCCGGAAGCAGGACCUGGUCACGCAGAACGAGCUGCUCAAGCAGCAGGUGAAGAUCUUCGAGGAGGACUUCCGGCGGGAGCGCAGCGACCGCGAGCGCAUGAACGAGGAGAAGGAGGCUCUCAAGCGCCAGCUGCGCCAGCUGCGGGCCCAGGUGCCCAUCGAGAGCUUCCCGGAGCACCUGUGCGGGGCCUGCCCCUGCCCCUACGCCCACCCGGCCCUGCCCGCCCGCGGCCCCGACGACUGGGCCCAGAUCCACUACCCUCCUGCGCAGCCCAGAGCCUGUGUCUGCCACACGGAGCACCCUUGGCGGGCAGUUUGCACCAGGCCAUACCACCAGACCCCGCAGGCGCCGGCCUCCCCCGCUGCCCAGCCCGCAGACCCAGAAUGACCUGGAGGGCCUUAGCGAGACGGUCUCUGAGCUGCUGUCCGCCCAUCACUGCAGCGAGGACGGCGUGUGCGAGUGGCCAGAGCUGCCGGGUGGCGCGCCCCAAGAGGCCUGGCCGAGGGGAGGGUGCCCCGGCCGCCGGCCCUCCCAAUUCCCAGGGUCAGUCCCUGCCAGGGUAAAUGCCCGUCCGUGCCCCACUGCCUUUUGCUUGGAGCGCUGUAGCCAUGGGGGCACCCAGCCCUGCCUUCCCCUGGCCCCCGGCGCUGGACGUGGUCACAGCAGCCCCGCCUGCCGUGGGCUGGGCAGAGCCCCGGGGCUGGGCGGGGGUCUGCCCGGCAACUGUUUGCACAGACCUUGAACAUAAACCCAGCAGUGAAGGACGG